GUGGGCCUUGCACCCCCCAGUCCGGCCCUAUGUGCCAAACACCAAGGUCACUGUUGCUGGCCAUGAUGCCAUAAAUAUGUCAGAUACUGGGGAAUGCAAUGAUUGGCUCCUCAAGAUCAGGUGGUAAAACAAGAAUUUGGGACUUUCCAAAAAAAAAAGCAGAAAAAAGUAAUCAUUUUCCUGCAGACUGAACGGCAUAGGGAUCUCAUGCGUUUUGCACUAUCUCCACCCCCCAAAAAAACAGUAAACGUUGUUUGACUUUGACCAGGGAGAGAGAAUGUUAAGAUGCCUUCUACCAGAUCGAAUAGUUGACAGUCAGUGGGAAGCUGUAUGUUAUGCAUGGGAAAUACUUAAAGAACCUCAACCUCUUCCAGAUGAGGAAGAAGAGGCCUUAAAAAUAAAAAAUCUUCUGUCCAAGUGGUGCGCAGAAUGGGAGAAGUUUAGGUAUUCCAUGGAAGAUCUACCAAAGUCAAAAAGAAAGAAAGCCGAAGUGUUUAUGGGAUUUUAUGUCAUUGCCAAGAAGACUUUGAAAUUGUUGGACCACUCAUAUACGAUAAACAAUCAAUGGGCGCAAGCCUACAAAGUUCUGGAAGAAAGGUUGCAGAAUGAGCAGAAGGCACACAGUGCCAAAAAAAAAGAACUACAGGAUUCCCAAACCGAACAAAUGCGUCUGGCUGGCUCUCUUGAUGUUCUGAAGAAGAAAGUAAAGGCUAUGGAACUAGAGUUAGACGAUGCCAAAGCCCAGCAGAAGACUUUGCUCCAGUCCUUUACAGACCUUACCAAAGAAUUAAGGACUAAGGAAGAAGAAGCUAGGCAUUAUCGCUCCAAGCAAAUGCCUUUCAUGAAGUCCACGCGAAUCCUUGUUGAAGAACUAAGGAUUAAAGUCAAAGAACUGGAUUGCCCAAUGCAAGUUGAACCAUUUAGGGGGGCGGCUGAAUCCUACAAAGAAGGAAUCGAUGAAGUUCUGGAAAUCGGAAAGAAGAUCCUCUAUGAGUUAAUGCGUCAUGGAAAAGAUCCCAACCGUGCCUUGAUGUUUCCCGGAGAGACUCUAACCCACAGCUGGUAUGAAAUGGAAACCAUAGCCGGGGAAAUGGGCUCCUUGACCUCUAACAACGUCUUCGAAUGGCUGUAUAAGUGCGAGGAGCAAAUGAAAGUGGAAAAGUGGACGAUGACAGACGUAGAAAGGCUGCUGUACCGAUGCAUGGAACCCAACAAGUUCUCCGCUCUGAGCAACAUGAUCAAUGUUGGCGACGCUCCGUGGCUGAAGGCCUGCCAACAGGUUGUCAAUUGCCUGAGGCCCCAAACCUACAUUAUUGAAAUGUUUCGAAAAGAUAAAAUGUGGGAACAAGAGUCGGCAUUGCAGUUCUUCAAUCGUUUGUGGAUGGAAUACCAGGUUCUAAAGCAAAGUGACAACGUCUCCAGGAAUGAUUACGACUACAAGCAAAAGAUCCUGGAAGGACUGCUGCCCAGACUGAAGCAAAGAGUUCCAGAGCAGGUUCUUCUGGAAUACUCCAUGCUACAGAAUAAAGUCCUGGCUGCUGAAGAUAGCUGGAGAACAUCUCAGGAGCAUUUGUAUCUAAAAAAGCCGCCGCUGGGAUUCCCCUCCCGCAAUGAGAUUUGGUGGAGGUUAAACAAAUAUGAAGACCCUCGACAAACAGUCAACUGGCACCCUUACUGGGACGUUCUGGUGCGAUUGAGCCAAUACGUGGAUUUGGCAACAAUAAAUGUCCAGAGGAGCCUUUAGAUGUGGUAAAGGAGCAACUUCCAACAGCCGAGAGACUCAUAGGCCCAUAUGAUAGAUACGGCCAGUGCUUAUUGGUCUAUUGUCUUUGCUACAACUAAUUGCUCCUUCACCAAAUACACUUGACUUUGACAUUG